AUCAUGAUAAUGGUGGAUUUUUAGUAAAUAAUGUAAUCCAACUCAAUUUAAAAGCCAACGGGAGUCUUAGCUGGUCAAUUCAAGGCAUGUGGCUGCAACCACACAUUAGUUUUCAUUCAACAAAUCUUAUGAUGAUUUCAUGGAAAAAUGGUACUGACUUUCAGAGUGAUUGGAUAGGCUAUGUAGUUAUCAACAACACUGAUAUAAAUUCAUUGGGUAUAAAUCCAAUUGGUGAUCAAGGCCAAUCAACUGAUCUUCCAACAAGAAGCAUCAUGUAUGGUGUUGAAUUUAAUGAUACACUUAGCUUGGAUGCUGAAAUUUGGUGUGAAGGAUAUACUGGAAUUGACAAUAUUUCAGAAAAUAUAGUUGGUGUUAACUGCUGGACAUUACUUGGAUUUCUCAUACAAACUACACAAGGUACUGAACAAACUUUUUACAGCUGUGCUAGCGCAGUUGAAGCAAGUGUAAAGACUAUCAAAUUGCAAUCUAGCACAACAGGAGCAUUUAAUGUAACAGAUGUGCAAACUAUUCAGCCCAACGUAAAAGCACUCUUUGUUACCAGCAGAGCUUCCAACUUAUUUGGAUCUAAUUCUGACGCGAAAGCUGCUCCUGCUGUUGCAGUAUACAUUAUGUUUAACUUUGUGGAUGGUUUUAACAGUUAUCAGGCAGAUGAAGGUAUAAGUGCUAAAAUCGUUGGUACUGUUCAAUUUACGAUGGAGAAAACAUGCUAUGAUCCACGUUUUGCUAUACAAUAUUUUGUGGCCAUGAUUGGACUAAUUAUUAUAUUCUGUAUACUUUUGGCAAGUCUUAUGAGUGUUAGUUCUUUCAAUUCAUUGACUAAAAUUAGACUUGUUGUUCGGCAAAUGGAUUUUGGUAGAGCAAUAUUAAAUGCACAAGGAUAUGGAGAGGCGAGCAUAGUUGGUUCACCAAAAUGGAUAAAAAUAGAUGGUAAAAAAUUAAUGUUAUUAGGUGAAAAAG